CAGACUUGUCACCCAGGAGACGAGUUGUUGGGAAGAUGCAGCAACACCGUCUUUGAAGAAAAACGGCCCGGCUGUCCACUGUUAUCUCAGGACCUGGCUGUUCAACUUGCUCAGUUGAAUUUUCAAGCCAUGGCCUGACCUUCGGGGCUAGGAAACUGAAAUACCAAGUGCUACUGCAAGAUGCAACAGGCCUCCUCUCCAGAUAGGCAGAAAGGCAGCUGCUGCACUCCAGCUAAUUCUGCAGGGCUGCAGGAUUUAUGGAGCUUCAAAAAUACCAUCCUGUACUUUUCCAUUUUGAAACACCAGCUACCUGCACAGAGAUGAACCUGGGCUACUGUAAUGAUAUGGAAUACUCUAGGUGGGUCUCAGAGAACAAUAUUCCCCAACAUCAUUGGCCAUCGGAGUCGUAUGGAAGCUGAAUCAGGGGCAGAAUACCUCCUCCUGAGCGUCAUCCAUGGCCUACUCAACGGGGAGUGCUCCCCUGAAAUACGUCUCGUGGGCUGCUCUGUGCUCGCCUCGCCCUGCCAGGACGACAAGAUGAUCAGGCCCUGCCGCAGCACAUGCGAGGCCCUGCGAAAGGACUGCAUCCAUGCCUUUGAGGCCAUCGAUAUGGCCUGGCCCUACUUCCUUGACUGUGACCGCUUCUUUGCUAGCGACCAAGAGGGCUGCUAUGACCCACUAGCAGGGCUGAAAGCCAGACAGGAGCUAGCAUUGUCCAGCCUCUCUCCUGAAGAACCCAGCACCAUCAUCCAGUUCACCUACGCCACCAACGCUCAGAUGUACAGCGUACUGAAGAGAACAGCAGCCAAGUGCUCCCAUAUAUCUCACGUUUACAGCAUCGGACGCAGCACUGAAGGCAGAGAUUUACUGGUAAUCGAGUUCACCAACAAUCCUGGACAACAUGAGCUAUUGGAGCCAGAGAUCAAGCUAGUGGGAAACAUGCAUGGCAACGAGGUGCUGGGCCGCCAGCUGCUCAUCUACCUGAGCCAGUACCUGUGCUCAGAGUACAUGCUGGGGAACCAUCGAAUUCAGACCAUCAUCAACACCACCCGCAUCCAUAUUCUGGCCUCCAUGAACCCGGAUGGCUAUGAGUUGGCUGCCUCAGAGGUAGAGGAUAACAAUGACCCGGAGCUCAGCAACCACGAAGGUCACUUGUUGAAUGGUUGGACCAAUGGUCGGACAAAUGCCCAGAACAUCGACCUAAACCGCAACUUUCCUGACCUCACCUCCGUCUUCUACCGGAACCGCCGCAGCAGGCACUACCGCAUUGACCACAUCCCAAUCCCUGACGCCUACUGGUUCGGGAAGGUGGCACCAGAGACCUAUGCAGUGAUGAAGUGGAUCAGGUCACUGCCUUUCGUUCAGUCUGCCAGCCUCCAUGGAGGGGAGCUGGUGGUCUCCUAUCCCUUUGACUUUUCUAGACACCCGCACGAGGAGAGGAUGUUCUCACCCACUCCAGAUGAACAAGUCUUAAAGCAGCUGGCUCGUACCUAUGCAGACGCUCACGCUACCAUGUCAAACAAUGACACAGAGCGGUGUGGAGCCUCCUUUUACCGAACCAGGGGCAUCAUCAAUGGGGCUCUGUGGUACAGUUUUGCUGGUGGUAUGUCAGACUUCAACUACUUGCACACUAACUGUCUGGAGAUCACCGUGGAGCUCGGCUGUGACAAAUUCCCGUCAGAGUCUGAGCUUUACCCUGAAUGGAAGAAUAACAAGGAGGCUUUGCUCACCUUUCUAGAGUCUGUCCAUCGAGGGAUAAAGGGAGUAGUUAAAGAUGUUGAUGGCAAUGGGAUAAAAGGUGCCACCGUCUCUGUUAGGGGGACUAGAAGAGAUGUCACCACAGCUGAAGAUGGAGACUACUGGCGGCUGCUGAACCCUGGCACUCACAUCCUGACAGCCACAGCCAAAGGUUACUCCAGGGUCAGCAAGAGGGUUCAUCUGCCUUACCACAUGAACAGGGCUGGACGUGUCGACUUUGAAUUGGAGAGGGUUCCCGUGGAGCCCGAUUUUGAUGACCACCUCUUCCCCACAAUAGACACAUGGGAUCGUUUCGACCCCUACAACCAGUUUGAGCGCUACGGUGAUCCAGUCGUCAGUGAGGGAGGGAUAGAGCGGGAGGAGAAACCGUGGUGGUGGAACUACUUCUCCCAGUCUGGUAUCUCACCUCCAAAUUGGCUGUUGCGAACUGUCUAGACGCAUUUGAGGACAAUAAAGAUCCCGUCAUACCACUGCAGAGGGAGAUUGGUGAUGACGGUCCUGCAUCCAGUUCCACUGGUGCUAUCAGACCUGCACUUUGUAGCAGGAGCUGUGACACUGAAAUCCACAGUACCUAAAUAGGUUUCAGUGCAGAUGUGAAUAGGCUUUAUUUCCCCCGGGCAACACAUUUAAUUCCAGCCUGUAAGUGGAGUUUUUGGCCAAUAUUGCUUUGCAGCUGCAUUUGACCUGUUUUAAGUUAAAAAAAAAAAAAAAAAAUCUGGGAAAACUGGAAAGUGGAUGAGUUAUGGGUGCCUUGUUGUUUUAAAAGUUGUUCACAGUCAAAACUAAAGGCAUGCACUUAUUUGAAUAUUGUGAUUACAGAUGACAAUUUCACGUGUGACGGCAGCUGCAUAAAAUGUCUUUGUGCACACUUUAAAAAAUGAGUUGGGUAACGAAAUGAAUGCAGAUUUGACUAUUUUUGUCUUUACAAUGUGAUUUCCUUAUCUGUUUUAUCCACAUUUCCUACAUUAUAUAAAGCACAAGUGAUACCGUCAAAAAGUUCUGGACAUGUAACAGCAUCUCAUAUUGAGCACCACAUUUAAGCUUGGAUUAGCAGCAUUACUGUGCCAAUUGUAGACAGUAGAAAUUCUUGCUUUGUUUUGUUUUUCACAAGUAUGAGGAAAUAAAUAUUAAAUAUUUCUGGCA